AUGGUAGAACAAGAAACUUACCGGAGGAAAAACCUUUAUCUUUUGAAACCCGAAAAUGUUGAGAGACGUAACGGCGAGGUAUUCACGGGAAAUUUAAUGCAAAUAUCCAGUCUUAGACGUUCAGAACAGUUUAAAAACGCCCUGUUCUCAGACAACAUGUCUGCAAUGGAUGUAAGAGUGAGAUUGGAGGAAGCGUUUCCCGAACUUUCAAAUACAAGGUAUAAUUAGUGGAUUGCUGUGAUGGAUUUGACAGAAAUUAAGAUUUUGCUUUUCUAUCUCCCGGUACACAAUUCAGUCAUAUAUACUGACGGAUGAUCGGGAUGAUAAUGAGUUUUUGAAGCUUUCGAUCUAUUAGCGAUGUAGCUGUAAGACACAGUUACACCAUGUCCGUUUAAACAUUCAAACGAUACUCCUAGUAGUCAUUGUUUAAUUUAGUGUGCGUGCACAUCCACGUAAGUCAUUUGCUAUCCCUGUAGUAGAUAUUGGACUUAUUGACUAUUGAGUAGAUAUAUUAACAUCUGAUUUCCUUUUUUUUUUUUUUUCGUUAAGGUUUUCGUGUGCUAAACGGGAAAGCAGGGACAGUGCCAAACUUAAUUUUGAUGGUGACCGGCGUGUCUGGGAUGGCAUUACCAUCAAAAGGAAGCUGCCAGGAUCGUCUGCACUGUACAUCGUUGUGGAAGAUGAG